AUGUACGAAAAUAUUAGCGACAAUUUCACGCAGUUGGCCCACGGAAAAGUGAUGACUGUGUGCUUCGAGUCUGACCAGCCGGUGAUAAAAGCUAGCCGUGUGCUGGCCUACACAAUCAUCCUACUAUUCUCGCUAUGUGGAAACUCCCUGGUUAUUGGUGUCCUGUGGCAAGACCGAAAGAUGCGCAAACCAGUCAAUUAUCUUAUAGCCAAUAUGGCUGCCGCAGACUUGGCUAUAACUGUUGUAUACAUGCCCAGGAUGAUAUCAGCGGUGAUACGAAGCUAUGAUUGGCUAGCUGGAGGCACCAUAGGCCUCGUCUUGUGCAAAACCGUUCCCACAACUCACCUGGUAUCGGUGAAAGUAACAAUCCUAACUCUAGUAUUUCUCAGCGUGGAGAGGUUUUUUGCAGUUUCGCCGUUUGCAAAUAACAGGUUAACUGUGCGCAGAGUCAAGGUGAUUCUCAUUGCAGUUUGGUUGAUGUCUUUUAUUGUUCACCUGCCAAAUGUCAUUGCGCUGAAACUGGUGCCUGGUCAGGGGGGAGCACUGAUUUGCCGAGCAUAUCUAAACAAAUUGUUUGUAAGCUCAAAAGGCAGGAAAAUUUAUGACAACGUCUUGGCGGCCAUUUUUUAUGCCCUUCCUUUGUUUCUGAUAGUCCUUCUUUACUCGCUGGCUGUGAUUAAGCUCAGAAGAAGGAGCGUCGCAAACAGGUAUGCAGCCGCAAAUGCACGCAAAGCUUCCAAAGAUAAGGUGAACGCAAACGUUUUUAAAAUGUUGUUUGCUGUUACACUCGCAUUUAUAUCAUGUUGGCUCAGUUAUUUCGUCAUGCGCAAAGCCAUCAUCGGAAUUUCAAUAUCGUGCAAUGUUCAGUUUGUCAGGUACUUCUUAGCUCAUUCCAACAGUGCUGUGACGCCAUGUUUAUACAUCAUUUUCAGCCAAAAGUACCGCAGUAGUUUCAAAAGCAUCUUAAAGAAACUUAAAUGCCGUGCUCCGAGUCGACUACGUGGCGGAGCAACACUGUCCGUGAUCUCUCAGUCGGCAACAAGUUUUAGUUCGUUAGGUGUUUUCCCACGAGGAGUCCAUCUCGUAAGUCUCAGAGCCAACAAUGAGAAUAGGACGACAGUCUAG